AGCCUCCCGAGUAGCUGGGACUACAGCAUCAGCAACUUGUAACUGGCGGUACGGACACUCAGUCGCACCUCCCACGUCAAUGCACUGCCAAUGGGUUAUAUCCUGUGUUGUGACCUCAUGGUUUAAGUGGGAAUAAAGAUGAGUAUAAGCAGUGAUGAGGUCAACUUCUUGGUAUAUAGAUACUUGCAAGAGUCAGGAUUUUCUCACUCAGCGUUUACCUUUGGUAUAGAAAGCCAUAUCAGUCAGUCCAACAUCAAUGGAGCCCUCGUCCCACCUGCUGCACUGAUCUCCAUCAUCCAGAAAGGCCUCCAGUAUGUAGAGGCUGAAGUUAGCAUCAAUGAGGAUGGUACCUUGUUUGAUGGCCGACCAAUAGAGUCUCUGUCCCUGAUAGAUGCCGUAAUGCCUGAUGUAGUCCAGACAAGACAGCAGGCUUACAGAGAUAAGCUUGCACAGCAGCAGGCCGCAGCUGCUGCCGCAAACCAGCAGGGGUCUGCAAAAAAUGGAGAAAACACAGCGAACGGGGAGGAGAAUGGAGCACACACUAUAGCAAAUAAUCACACUGAUAUGAUGGAAGUGGAUGGGGAUGUUGAAAUUCCUUCUAAUAAAGCAGUAGUGUUACGGGGCCAUGAAUCUGAAGUUUUCAUCUGUGCCUGGAACCCUGUUAGUGAUCUCUUGGCAUCAGGGUCUGGGGACUCAACAGCAAGAAUAUGGAAUCUUAGUGAGAACAGCACUAGUGGCUCCACCCAGUUAGUCCUCAGACACUGUAUACGAGAAGGAGGGCAAGACGUUCCAAGCAACAAGGAUGUAACAUCUCUAGAUUGGAAUAGUGAAGGUACACUUCUAGCAACUGGUUCAUAUGAUGGAUUUGCCAGAAUAUGGACUAAAGAUGGUAACCUUGCUAGCACCUUAGGGCAGCAUAAAGGCCCUAUAUUUGCAUUAAAGUGGAAUAAGAAAGGAAAUUUUAUCCUAAGUGCUGGAGUAGACAAGAUCCUCCAACUAAUUGCAACCCCUCUCGGUUCCUUUCCAGCGCCAGCACUGGAUGUCGAUUGGCAGAGCAACAACACCUUUGCUUCUUGUAGUACAGACAUGUGCAUUCAUGUCUGUAAGUUAGGACAAGACAGACCUAUUAAAACAUUCCAAGGACAUACGAAUGAAGUAAAUGCUAUCAAGUGGGACCCAACUGGCAAUCUCCUGGCCUCCUGUUCCGAUGACAUGACUUUGAAGAUAUGGAGUAUGAAACAAGAUAAUUGUGUCCAUGAUUUACAAGCACAUAAUAAAGAAAUUUAUACUAUCAAAUGGAGUCCAACAGGCCCAGGGACAAAUAAUCCAAACGCCAACCUUAUGUUAGCAAGUGCAUCCUUUGAUUCUACUGUUAGGUUAUGGGAUGUAGACCGAGGAAUUUGCAUCCACACUUUGACAAAACACCAAGAGCCCGUGUACAGUGUAGCUUUCAGUCCUGAUGGCAGGUAUCUGGCAAGUGGUUCUUUUGACAAAUGUGUGCACAUCUGGAACACACAGACAGGUGCUCUAGUCCACAGCUAUAGGGGAACAGGUGGGAUUUUUGAAGUUUGUUGGAAUGCAGCAGGAGACAAAGUUGGAGCCAGUGCAUCAGAUGGUUCAGUUUGUGUAUUAGACCUUCGGAAAUAGCGCUACUAGUUGGAAGCCAUGGACCGACUAUGAAUGUGUACAUAGCCAAAAUGACUGUCCCUGACCCACGUACUGCUAUAGUCCCACUUGAACCAUGGCCAGCCCACUGCAGCCAAAUCUAAAAGAAACAUAUACAUACAGUGUAUAUAAACAAAAUUGCACCCUGAAGAUGACAAGAGUUUUGUCACAGCUUGUGAAUUCUGUUCACCAAGUGCUGGAAUCUAAUCUGCUGUGCCCCUAAAAUAGCAUUUAGAAGUUUUGGAUAUGAAAAACAGAAGAGAGAAAGAAAUAUACAUUAUAAAACCAGACCAUACAUGUACCAGUUUUUGGAUACUAAUGACAGCCUUGUUUCUCCCCUUUGAAUCAGCAGACACCAUGGAUUAUAUUCUUUUUUCCCUUCAGUAGUGAGCAGUUUGUAUGUACAGAGAAAGUGGACUUACAAAAACUUGCAGCAGUAGUUUGUUCUUGCUUUUAAAUUUUGUUUUUGAUUUAGAUUAUGGAUGCAUGAAGUAAGGGAGUGAAUCAGAUUAUUGUUUGUUUUUUUCACCUUUUAAACAAAAAAAAAAUUCUGAAAAAUAUUAUAAUGCAUUCUUUUGAAGAGGUAGAUGUUUGGUACAUUUUAUGGCUCCCAGAGCAUAUAUUCAAUUGGUGCAUGUUGUGGAAGGGGGAAUUGGAAAUUAAAUGAAAACGUAUGACUUUGGUCAUGUCAAUCUGUAAGACACAUCAGUAAAAGGGUAUUAUGCUCUGUUUUUUUUGGUGAUGUGGCUUAAAUGCAAUAGUUUCUUUUUUGGGACAUAUUUCCGCCAAUUAAAGACUAGAAGGGCACAAAAAAAAUUUUUUUUAAUACCAUAGAGAAGAUACAUUAAAAAAAAAUCUUCUGAUGUUUUGUAGCCAUAACUAAAUUAUGGUUAAAAUGUGCACUAUUGUGAAAAGGAGCAAAGUAGUUUUGGGUUUUUUUUGUUGUUGGUUUUGCUUUGUUUUUUAAGAGAUUAAAAUGUUUCUGGAUAAGGAUUAGCUUCUUAAAGCGUCCAUCAUUCUGUGUAGAAGCUUAAAUAUGUAAUGUAACCAAACUCCAGUAUUAAAGAAUCUCUGAUGUUAUUUUUCUUUAUACAAAGCAAGAUAACGGCAUAUAACACUGCCAUUACAUGGCAAAAUGUUUGCUACCUUAGUUUAAAAAAACAAUCUUUAAAACAAAAGACUUGCUUCAAGAUGUUUUUAAAUAGCAGUGAUUCAGAAUUUUUUUUAGAAAAACAGUAUAAUUGCACUAACCUCCCUGCUGCUUUGAUCUGCAUUUGUGGUACUUGUGACUACAUUUUUUUCAAAUAUAGAUAGAUUUAAGCUGCUAUUUUUUUCAGUAAUCACUACUAUAUCAUGUCUUUUUAUAAUAUCAAAUAUUUUCUUAACGAUGUAGGUAGCAAAUCCCUCCUUUCGUGUUUAUGCAACUUAAAUAUACAGACAAAUGAUAGUAUGAGGCCACGUUUAUAUGUGUGACUAACAGGGUUUGUUAUGAUUAACACAAGAAUACAGGAAUGUCAAUUUGGAAGAGAAUAGUUGUCAAAUUUAUAUAUCUAAAAUUUUAAUUAAGGAAUUACUUGUUAUCGAGUUUAGCAAAUUUAUAACACUAUUUCUGCCGCCAAUUAUUUUGAGGCCUUUACAACUAAAAUUUUAGCCUAUAUUCUAAGUUUAAUUAGUAACUAAUUUAACCCAAGUCGCACAGCUUUAAUUUUUCCUCAUUUGUUGCUUUGCUAUUUUUACAAAACAGCAGUGAUUGAAGCAAGUCUUGGUUUUACUAAGGUAGGAUAGCAUUUGCUAUUGGUAAAGAGAAUAAAUACACUUAAUUUCACAAUACAUUGUUAUAUGUACCCCAGUUGUUGUUAGUGGGGACUAUGAUACUGUAAUAUUUUUUAAAAUUUACAUCCAGAGAGGCAGUCAUUCAUGAUGGUUUUGUGCCAGCUCUUUUUAGGGUUUUGGAAAACAUUAGAGAUAUUUAGAACUUAUUACCCUGUGACUUAUGUAGGAAACCUAAUAUGCUGAGUAUCUGGCACUUGAAAUCCUGCUUUUAUUGCUAGAGGUCCACAUCUGUGGUUUACCUCUGUUGUUGUUUAAAAAAAUAAAUAAAAAUAAAAAAAUCUGUGCAAUAAUUUUUAAAUGUGCUCCCAGGAAUAGACACAAAUGUUUUGAGUAUGUUUAAGCUGCAUUUUCCUUUAGUGAUGCAUUUGUCAAUUGCACUGAAUUUAAAUCUGAAAGUCAGAGGUGAUUAUUGAUAGUACUUUUGUAUUUUGAUAAUGGACAAUUUAUUCAUUUGCAUACAGUUAUUGACUUUUUCCCAGCUGACAAAAAGAUAGUCAAGAAAUUCUGCAAUAUAGCUGCCAAAAUAGACAGCUACAUUUUUAUGAUAUUGUCAUCUUUUCUGUUUUUUUUCUUUUUAAUUCUUUCACUAUUUUACUUAAGCAUAAUAGCCACAAUAGGACAUAUAAAAUAUUAUAAAUACAGAGCUUUAUUAUCCUGAAGUCUUGGGUCUUCUAAGUGUAAGCGUUUCUGAAAGGUAUCCAUUUUGUAGGCGUGGGUUCUUCAUGAGCACAUGAUUCUUUCCUUUUGCUGCUGUUCUCAAGAUCAUCAUUGCCUGCUGAUGUGCCACGAUGCUGCUCCAAAGACAAACAUAAGAUUGCCUCGAAUUUGAGCAGUAACAUGAUUGCAAGAGACCAAGUUUCACAGCCUGUAAAGUUCUGUAUUUGGGGUUCUUGCUCAUUUUUCCUCCUAUAUUCUUGUGAAAACUUAUUCCUGAAGAUCAACUGAAUCCCGUAGUUUUUCUGUGGUAUUCACAUAAAUCGUUGUAUAAGCUACUGUAAGUAACCUAUCUUUAAGGAAAAAUAGAAAGGAAAACUUGAAUGAAUGAAUACUCACUGAUUAAAACAGAAUAAAGGAAGAGCAGCUGCCACUGUUAAACAAUAAAAAGGAAUAUCUUUGUUUUUCCUCCAUGUAGGAAAUUCUAUAAGUUCUUAUAUUUGCUCCAGUCCCCAUUUCCUUUAUCGAUCAGGUAACAUCAUUGACUUUCAAAUGACCUUUAGAAGUGGUAACUUUUAAUUUUCUAAUAGAUAUUAGAGUGUAUCGAAUUCUGUUUAAUUAUUCUCUAGGUAAGUAUGUUUUAGGAUUAAACACCUUUUACAGAUACUGAAAGUGCCUCCUUUUGUGGUGUAAAAAAACAAAUUAUGGUGCAAAAAGUAAUCACUAGAUUGAAUUACAUGAAGGUUUUUUGCUUUUUGACAUGAAAAUGUCAAGAGAAAGGCCAAAGAUUUGUACUUUUUCACUUAACUUAUAAAGCACUCCUUUUUUUCCUUAAACUUCUUUCUGUCAAAUUAGAUUUAAUGAGAGAGUACUAUUUUUCAGGAGCUAUCUGUUUAUGUAGAAUGAUUUGUUAAGAGUAAUGUAAACUAUUAUUGAGUAGAGGCCUAAAGAGGACUGUGCAUUUUUGCUAUUUAAAGGAAUCAAAUGACCGUACUUAUGUGAGCAAAAAUGACAAGUUUUACUAGAUAAGUAGAAAAUUAAAUCUCAAAUGCAGUGCUAUUUACUCUUUUAAAACAAUUUUCAUUUUCUUAAGUACAUUGUACAUUUCUACAGAAACCUGUGUUUAUUCUCACAUGCUAAGGAUGGUACUUGCAUAUGGUGAAUUACUGUUGACAGUUGCCGCAGAAAUCCUAUUUCAGUGGACCAACAUUGUGGCAUGGCAGCAAAUGCCAACAUUUUGUGGAAUAGCAGCAAAUCUACAAGAGACCCUGGUUGGUUUUUUGUUUUGUUUUGUUUUUUUCCCCCUUCUCCUGAAUCAGCAGGGAUGGAAGGAGGGUUGGAAAGUUAUGAAUUAACUCCUUCCAGUAGUAGCUCUGAAGUGUCACAUUUAGUAUCAAUUUUUUUUAACAUGAUUCUAGUUAAAAUUAGAAGAGAAAAAAAGGAAGUGUUCACUUUUAUAAUACACUGACUUAGAAAUUUGAUGUCUUAUAUCAGUAGUUCUGAGGUAUUGAUAGCAUUGUUUAUUUCUGCCUUUAUGUUGACAGUGUUGAAGCAGGGUGAAUAACUAGGGCAUAUUUUUUUUUCUAGUAAGCUGUUUCAUGAUGUUUUCUUUGGAAUUUCUGGAUAAGUUCAAGAAAACAUUCUGCAUGUUGUAUCUAGUCUGAUGUACUUAUCCAUCUCAUUACAAACACACACAUGCAGAGUGCGUCUGUAGCUCUGUGACUGUUGAUACAGAAGUGAUUUUCUUCUUUCCUGACUUUGACAUUGUAGCUAUAAUGUUUUCAUUUUGAUUUUUACAAAUCCUUUGGGUCUAAUUCUGUGAGCCUACCUAUAGCACUGGAUUAAAAUGUCUGCAUCAUUUCUUUAGUUAUCCAGUUAACUUUAAAACUGUUGUAAAAGUGUAAACCAGCCCAUGACAGGUUUUUGUACAUGUUAAAGAACUUUAUUGUUCAGUUUUCAUGAUUAUUGUGUAAGGAAGACUGAUAUAGAUGUUCUAUGCUGUCCUGGACCAUGUUAAUUACACUUAAGAUGUAUUUUGGUUCCACAUCACAAUGAUUUGUCCCCAAUGACCCUUUUAUCCUUUCUAGGCACAUUUUUUGUUGUUGUUGUUGCAGUUUCCCUUUGCAUUGUAUUGCUUUGACAACUGUAAUUUGAAUCAGAUCUGAAAGAGGUCCAGAAUAAAAUAUAUUUUGAUAUUA